ACAACUGCUGAUACUACGACAACUACUGCUCCUACAACAACUACUGCUGAUACUACGACAACAACUGCUGAUACUACGUCAACUACUGCUCCUACAACAACUACUGCUCCUACAACAACUACUGCUCCUACGACAACUACUGCUCCUACGACAACUACUGCUCCUACAACAACUACUGCUGAUACUACGACAACAACUGCUGAUACUACGUCAACUACUGCUCCUACAACAACUACUGCUCCUACAACAACUACUGCUCCUACAACAACUACUGCUCCUACAACAACUACUCCUACAACAACUACUGCUGAUACUACGACAACUACUGCUCCUACAAAAACUACAGCUGAUACUACGACAACUACUGCUGAUACUACGACAACUACUGCUCCUACAACAACUACUGCUGAUACUACGACAACAACUGCUGAUACUACGUCAACUACUGCUCCUACAACAACUACUGCUCCUACAACAACUACUGCUCCUACAACAACUACUGCUCCUACGACAACUACUGCUCCUACGACAACUACUGCUCCUACAACAACUACUGCUGAUACUACGACAACAACUGCUGAUACUAUGUCAACUACUGCUCCUACAACAACUACUGCUCCUACAACAACUACUGCUACUACAACAACUACUGCUCCUACAACAACUACAGCUGAUACUACGACUACUACGUCAACUACUGCUCCUACAACAACUACUGCUCCUACAACAACUACUGCUCCUACAACAACUACUGCUCCUACAACAACUCCUCCUAAUACUACGUCAACUACUGCUGCUUUGACAACUCCUGCUGAUACUAUGUCAACUGCUGCUCCUACAACAACUACUGCUGAUACUACGUCAACUACUGCUCCUACAACAACUACUGCUGAUACUACGACAACUACUGCUCCUACAAAAACUACAGCUGAUACUACGAAAACUACUGCUGAUACUACGACAACUACUGCUCCUACAACAACUACUGCUGAUACUACGACAACUACUGCUCCUACAACAACUACUGCUGAUACUACGACAACAACUGCUGAUACUACGUCAACUACUGCUCCUACAACAACUACUGCUCCUACAACAACUACUGCUCCUACGACAACUACUGCUCCUACGACAACUACUGCUCCUACGACAACUACUGCUGAUACUACGACAACAACUGCUGAUACUACGUCAACUACUGCUCCUACAACAACUACUGCUCCUACAACAACUACUGCUCCUACAACAACUACUGCUCCUACAACAACUACAGCUGAUACUACGACAACUACUGCUCCUAAAACAACUACUGUUGAUACUACGUCAACUACUGCUCCUACAACAACUACUGCUAGGUCAACUACUGCUGAUACUACGUCAACUACUGCUCCUACAACAACUACUGCUCCUACAACAACUACUGCUCCUACAACAACUACUGCUCCUACACCAACUACUGCUGAUACUACGACAACAACUGCUGAUACUACGUCAACUACUGCUCCUACAACAACUACUGAUACUACGACAACAACUGCUGAUACUACGUCAACUACUGCUCCUACAACAACUACUGCUCCUACAACAACUACUGCUCCUACGACAACUACUGCUCCUACGACAACUACUGCUCCUACAACAACUACUGCUGAUACUACGACAACAACUGCUGAUACUACGUCAACUACUGCUCCUACAACAACUACUGCUCCUACAACAACUACUGCUCCUACGACAACUACUGCUCCUACGACAACUACUGCUCCUACGACAACUACUGCUGAUACUACGACAACAACUGCUGAUACUACGUCAACUACUGCUCCUACAACAACUACUGCUCCUACAACAACUACUGCUCCUACAACAACUACUGCUCCUACAACAACUACAGCUGAUACUACGACAACUACUGCUCCUAAAACAACUACUGUUGAUACUACGUCAACUACUGCUCCUACAACAACUACUGCUAGGUCAACUACUGCUGAUACUACGUCAACUACUGCUCCUACAACAACUACUGCUCCUACAACAACUACUGCUCCUACAACAACUACUGCUCCUACACCAACUACUGCUGAUACUACGACAACAACUGCUGAUACUACGUCAACUACUGCUCCUACAACAACUACUGCUCCUACAACAACUACUACAACAACUACUGCUCCUACAACAACUACUGCUCCUACAACAACUACUGCUCCUACGACAACUACUGCUCCUACGACAACUACUGCUCCUACGACAACUACUGCUCCUACGACAACUACUGCUCCUACGACAACUACUGCUGAUACUACGACAACAACUGCUGAUACUACGUCAACUACUGCUCCUACAACAACUACUGCUGAUACUACGACAACAACUGCUGAUACUACGUCAACUACUGCUCCUACAACAACUCCUGCUCCUACAACAACUACUGCUGAUACUACGUCAACUACUGCUCCUACAACAACUACUGCUCCUACAACAACUACUGCUCCUACAACAACUACUGCUCCUACACCAACUACUGCUGAUACUACGACA